AAUGUCAUAUCAAUAUACAUGCAAAUAGCACCCUAAGCCUCUAACCCCUUCACCUCACGACAUUUGUUAUUUUGUUUAGCUUUCGCCAGCUCAUUCAUUGAACCCCCAUUACCAUCUCUCUCUCUCUACCGCUUACUUUCUUUCUCUGUCUAAUAUUUCAACGUUUUUUCCACCAGAUCUCUCGGAGUAACCCUUGGAGAAGCGUGUUAUUCAGUUUUCUCUUCAUUAUAUGCUUUUCUGGGUUUUUCUCCAUCUUGCACUGCAACUUUAUCAUUUAGACUUUGGAGGAUAUUCUUAGGGAAAGAUGGCGAAUGGGUUAGAGAGAGAAAGUGAUUUAGCAAUGUUCAGUGAUGACGAGCUGAAGGAGCUGAGUGGCAUGAAGAGAGUCGGGGACUACGUGGAGGUAACGUGUGGGUGUACUAGCCACAGAUACGGCGACGCUGUUGGAAGGCUUAGGGUUUUUGUUAAUGGGUACCUCGAAAUCACCUGUGAAUGCACGCCUGGUUGCCAGGAAGGCAAGUUGUCUCCAGCUGCAUUUGAGAAGCACUCCGGAAGGGAGACAGCCAGGAAAUGGAAGAAUAAUGUCUGGGUAAUACUUAACGGGGAGAAAGUUCCCUUGUGUAAAACAGUGCUGCUCAAAUACUACAAUCAGGUGUCAAAAACUGCCAACAGGUCCCAUAAUGGACGGACAUAUCACCGUGACGAGUUUGUUCACUGUACUAUGUGCGACAAAUUGCGCAGGUUCCGUCUGAGGACUAGAGAAGAAUGCCGCAUUCAUCAUGAUGCUUUGGCAGAUGCAAAUUGGAAAUGCUCUGAUCUGCCAUAUGACAAAAUUACCUGUGAUGAUGAGGAAGAACGAGCGAGUCGCAGAGUUUACAGAGGAUGUACACGUUCUCCAACAUGCAAAGGUUGCACUUCUUGCGUCUGCUUUGGUUGCGAUAUCUGCCGCUUUUCGGAUUGCAGUUGCCAAACUUGUACUGACUUCACUAGGAACGCCAAAGCUUGAAUGCCAGAUUGUGCUGUGAAGUUCUAAUGCAGUGAUAUUCACCCUACUCUUCAUAUGGGCCAUUUAAGCCCAUGGAAAAUUAUUUCCUAAUUGAACUGAAUUUCCCAGUCAGAGUUCAACAUUCAUUGUUCUCAUUGACUGGUUUUUCAAAUUUCAAUAUCAGUAAGUUAUUCUCUUCUAUCA